GCCACUGAAUCAGUCCUGUUAUCAACACUUUCUCCUCAACUUGUUAACUAUAGUCUCUCGGUUCUCCGUAUGCCACGAUGGCAUUAUGGCAUUUACUGUUAAACUGGGCAUCGACACUACUGCUGUUGAUGUUGUCAUUGUUGUUCGUGGCGUUUCUCGGAUUCUGUGCGUACAUUAAAUACAAGCAUAUGAAGUAUGACCACAUCCCUGGACCACCGAGGGACAGUUUUUUCUUUGGACAUUCACCAACAUUUUUGAAGAUAAUGAAAGGUGAUGGAAUAGUGCACGAGAAAUUCCUUGAAUGGUCUGAGACUUAUGGGCCCGUGUACAGGAUUAAUCUUCUACAUUAUGUUUUACUAGGCGUUUCCUGUCCAGAUGCAACCAAGGAAAUCUUAAUGUCCUCAAAGUACACCAAAGAUGAAUUUCUCGCCAACAGACUCUUUAACCUGUUUGGUCAAAGGUUCUUAGGUAGUGGUCUGGUAACAGCACGGGACCAUGAGCAGUGGUAUAAACAGCGGCGGAUCAUGGACCCAGCCUUCAGCAGCUUGUACCUGAGAGGUCUGAUGGGCACCUUCAAUGAGAGGGCUGAGAAACUGAUGGAAAAACUGUCAGAUGAAGCUGAUAAUAAAGGAAAUGUUAAGAUGCUCCCACUAGUCAACUGUGUUACCCUGGAUGUCAUCGCCAAGGCUGCAUUUGGUGUUGAUUUGGACCUGCUGAACACCUCUUCACCUUUCCCUAAAGCCAUCGAGACUUGUCUGAAAGGAUUGGUGUACUCUGUCCGAGAUCCGUUUUUUCAGUUCAAUCUAAAGAACAGACCGUUUGUUAAAGAAGUGAGGGAGGCAUGCUGUCUGUUACGUAGAACUGGAGCUCAGUGGAUCCAUGACAGAAAGACCGCCAUCCAAAACGGAGAUGAUGUUCCCAAGGACAUCCUCACACAAAUCAUCAAAACAGCAGGAAAAGAAGAAAACAUGACUAAAGAAGAUGAAGAGUUUAUGCUGGACAACUUUGUGACAUUCUUCAUUGCUGGUCAGGAAACAACAGCUAAUCUAAUUGCUUUUUGCAUUAUGUCUCUGGGAAGACAUCCUGAUAUAUUGGAGAGAGUGAAGAAAGAGGUGGAUGAUGUCAUUGGAAUGAAAAAGGACCUUAGUUAUGACGACCUGGGAAAACUGAUGUAUCUCACACAGGUGCUGAAAGAGACUCUGAGGAUUUACCCAACGGCUCCAGGUACAUCGCGAGAUAUAAUUAAAGACAUGGUCAUUAACGGUAUCCACAUACCUGAAGGAUGUAUCGCUUUUUUUAGCUCCUAUGCAUCUGGAAGGAUGGACAAAUUCUUCAAGGACCCACUGACAUUUGACCCAGAGAGAUUUCACCCAGAUGCACCGAAGCCUUAUUACUGCUACUACCCCUUCGCCCUUGGUCCACGGGCAUGCCUGGGAAAAAACUUUGCUCAGAUGGAGGCUAAAGUGGUGAUGGCCAAACUGCUACAGAGGUUUGAUUUCACCCUCAUCCCAGGACAGACCUUUGACCUCGUGGACACUGGAACACUCAGGCCAAAGAGUGGAGUGUUGUGCUCUAUCAGACACAGGAAACACAGCCAGUAAAUGUUCAUACACCACCAUGCACUGAACCUCUAUAGGUUUAGAAAAAGAGUGUCUAAAAACAGGAUAGAAACACUAAAUGUGAGGAAAAAGGUCCUCAAAACAAGUGAAAUACCUUUCCAUGCAACAAGAUAAUUUCACUUGACAAGUUUUUCAGUUGAAUUAAGAUUGUUAAAUCUAGAAAUAAACAUGUCUACAGAUGUAUGAACACUUCAAAUAAGAAACUGACUCUUAAAACAUGAUAAAUGAGCUAACACUUCUAAAAUCUAAGUUGUUUUUGUUUUUUUCUUCGUAAGAAUCAAAUAAUUUUCAGUGUACUGCUUUAGCCUAUAAGCCUUUAGCCUUUACAUUUUAGGUAAAUGUUGAUGGGGUAUAACUAAUUGCAAGUGAUGGGAAUAGAUAAUUGAAUUACAGAUUAUACAAAAGUCAGUUACUGUUACAGAUGAUGAAAUCACAGCUAUGAAUCAAAAUGUCAGUGAUUCCGAAGGAGUGAUGUCCAAAUCUAUUAUUUUGAGGGAAAAGGCUUAGAUGUAGGAUAUAAGAGCUGAAUAUGUUCUGUCUGAAAAAAGAAAAGGGCUGUACCAUUAAUGCACUGUUUUAGUUUAAGUCAGUGUUUGUUUGCUUGUUUUUUUAAAAUAUAUUUUGCAGCUUUACUGGUUAAAAAGUAAUUAAAUAUAAUUAAUUAGAUUACUAUGACAAAGUAAUUAAUAUUUUACAUUACUUACUCCAUCCAUCCAUUCAUUUAUCAUUUUCUUCUGUUUAUCCGGGGCCGGGUUGCGGAGGCAACAGUCUAAGCAGGGAUGCCCAGACUUCCCUCUCCCCAGACACCUCCUCUAGCUCCUCCGGGGGGGGAUCCAGAGGCGUUCCCAGACCAGCUGAGAGUCAUAGUCUCUCCAGCAUAUCCUAGGUCUUCCCCAAGGCCUCCUCCUGGCAGGACAUGCCUGGAACACCUCCCCAGGGAGGCGUCCAGGAGGCAUCAGAAACAGAUGCCCGAGCCACCUCCGCUGGCCCCUCUCUAUGUGGAGGAGCAGCAGCUCUACUCUGAGCUCCUCCAUGGCGACUGAGCUCCUCACUCUAUACAUUACCUACUGCAGUUGUAAUAAGGUAACAAAUCCAUAACCUUUUAUUUAAUGGUUUAAAUGUAAUGUACUAUUCCCACAUGGAUUACACAUUAAAUAUUACAUUAAUUUGUAAAAAUAAAAGGAUAUGACUUAUAUAUGUUUCCAUAAAACACAUAUUCCCUUAUUCAGUCAUUUUUUAGACUACUUAAUCCUCUAGAUGGUCGCAGGGUUCCAGGUGUGGUAUUACAGGGUAAAAUGCAAAUUUAUAUUACAAAAAUGACUAAGAUGAUUGUUAGUUUGCGAAUGUAAUGACAAAUACACUGUUGCACAUAAAGUCCUCUCAUGAAAUGACUGUGACAGUGUCACUUAUUCUUGAUAGAUCCAGUGUAACUGGGACUCAGUUUAUAAUCAUUAGAGCUGGUCAAAGGUGAUUACUGAUGUGUAUAAAUAGGAAGAAAAAGAGGAAUGUGUCUGAAAUCAAAAUGAUUCCAACUUUAUGAGCAACAGUGUAAAAAUAUUUUCAUUAUAUACAUCACAUUGAAUACCAUUAACAGUUCUUCAUUUGAUCUUACAUGAGUCACAGUAAAGUCACAUUUAAAGUGAUGUUUUCUUCCAUUGUAUUGUUGCCAUACUGUUAUUAUAUACUAUACUAUACAGUACUGUUUUAACCCACCUAGCUUUGUUUUCUGUGGUUGGAAUGAGCAUACAUAUUAAUUUCUCAGCAUUUAAAACAAAAUACAAGUAAAUGGUCUCUGAGGGUGUAUGUAACUGGUCUGAUCUUUGCAUUCUGUUAUUGUAUGUGUUCAUCCAUUGUACUACUGAUUGUUGAAUGGUUUAGUGUCAACGAAGUUGAUUAUAAAUAAAAAUCUAU